UUUUUCUUUUUUUUUUUUAAUAAUAUAUAGUAUAUAAACUGGCUUAUCGACGUGUUUUACAUAUUUAUUCCUCUCUUACCGGUAUGGCUCCAAUUACACAACCUCAACAAGACUAUGACUUGGUGGUUAUUGGUGGUGGUUCUGGUGGCAUUGCUUCAGCUCGACGAGCCGCAGCUUAUGGUGCCAAGGUGGCAUUGAUUGAACAACAUGGAGUUCUUGGUGGUACUUGUGUCAAUGUAGGCUGUGUACCUAAAAAGGUCAUGUGGAAUGCAGCUUCCAUUGCGGAAACUGCUCAAGAAGCUUCAGGUUAUGGUUUUGAAGUGCCCACGCCUCAAUUGAAUUGGUCUUUAUUGAAACGAAACCGAGAUGCUUAUGUAUCGAAACUGAAUGGUAUAUACGAUGCGAAUUUGACCAAGGAUGGCAUUGAAUGGUUCCAUGGCAUAGCCAGGUUUUUGGAUGCACACACCAUCGAACUGACACUGAACAAUGACAAGAAACUACAACUGAAAGCACGACGGAUCCUUGUGGCGACAGGUAGUCAUUCGAUCAUGCCUGAUCUUCCUGGCAUCGACCUGGCGAUUGAUUCAGAUGGCUUUUUCCAGUUAGAGCAUCAACCGAAGGAUGUGGUGGUGGUAGGAACUGGGUACAUUGGUAUUGAACUGGCCGGGAUUUUCCAUACCUUGGGUAGUAAGGUGACGGUGGUAUCUCGUACGACACAUAUUUUACGCCAUUUUGAUGAUGUGAUCCGUGAAAAUCUUUUACAAGAAAUGGAACGCUGUGGUGUGAAUUUCGUUUUUAAUGCCAAGGUCAAUUCACUGGUCAAACAAAAAGAUGGAAUACAGGUCAAUUAUGAUGAUUUGGAUGGUCAACAAUGUUCUGUGAAAGCUGAAACUGUACUCAUGGCCAUUGGUCGUGCUCCCAACGUGAUCAAACUCAACUUGGAUGCUGCAGGUGUACAAAUUGACAAGAAACAACGAAUCAUUGUAGAUGCCUAUCAAAAGACAACCGUCGAUCAUAUCUUUGCUUUAGGUGAUGUAUGUGGUAAUUAUGAUUUGACACCUGUUGCCAUUGCUGCAGGAAGGAAAUUGAUGGAUCGAUUAUAUGGUGGUGAUCAAUUCAAGGAUUCGAAAUUGGAUUAUGAAAAUAUUCCUACAGUAGUAUUUGCUCAUCCUACUUGUGGUACCAUUGGAUUAUCAGAAGAUCAAGCGAAGGAAAAGUAUGGAGAAAAGAAUAUCAAGAUUUAUAAUUCCAAAUUUGUCAAUCUUUAUUAUGGUUUAUUGGAUCACAAACAACCUACGGCUUACAAGAUCAUUGUAACAGGACCUAAUGAACUUGUGGUGGGACUUCACUUGUUUGGCAAAGGAAGUGAUGAAAUCUUGCAAGGUUUUGGUGUGGCGAUGCGUAUGGGUGCUACUAAGGCAGACUUUGACAAUUGUGUGGCGAUCCAUCCGACAGCAGCUGAAGAACUGGUGACCAUGCGUUAACUUUUUUUUUAGUAUAGUUGUAUAUGUAGUGUUAGUUUUUUUUUUUUUUUUUUGUCA